AUGGCAACUGGUAUAUUCGGUUGGGGGCAACUGGCACACUUGGUUGAGGGCAACUGGUACAUUUGGCUGCGGAUAAUCACUGAAAUCCUGGAAUACCUGUCGUUUGACGACCGGCGGCGGGUGGCCUUGGUCAACAAGACGUUCCGGUACGCAUCCCUGCACCCGGUGCUGUUGCGACGAGAGCUGUUCGUGUACACCGCUCCUGUUCAGCGGCUGCGGGUAGACGACCGGCGACGGCGAUUCAAGGACUUCAAAACGACGGCGUUGCGGGAGCCCUGGAGAAAACUGAUCUGUCUGAAAUUCCACGGCUCGAACCGCUCGGACUUCGGCAAGGCGUUCGGCAACGUCGGUGGCUGGCCACCGUCCGUCGUGUCGCUGCACCUGGACAGCCUGAACUGGUUGGCCGACUCGUUUCUGGACGCGAUCACCGGCAGUUGCGUCAGACUAGAGGAACUGCGGCUGGAGAACAUCGGACGGCUGUGCUUCGCCGACAAACCCCGGCGGCCGAUGCUCGUGUUGCGCAGCGUGCGCUUCGACAAGGUGGGCGUGUCGGAUGAGUGUUUCAACGUGCUCAUGGCUUGCGCCCCAAACGUGACAGACGUUGGCAUCAACAACUGUCAGACGUACGAUUGGCUGGACCCUGUGCACGCGGCUGUGGCCGGAAUUUCCAACGUCGGGCUGUCGGACUCCAACAUUAUUGGGUACUUACAGAGCACCGCGGCCGGCACCGUGGACAGCCUGCGGUUGAAUCUGUGCUGCCACAUAUUUGGCGAGAUACGGUCCAGGUCACUUCGGCUCAAGUCCCUGCUGUUGAGCCAGAACAAACCAUAUUUGAACACGCGCAGAAUGAUCAAUUACGAAAAACUCGAAUCGGCAUUAGCCUUACAAGUGUCGCUGCAAUGGUUGGAGAUCAAUCACCUCCCGGCACGUCUAGUCGGGGCCGUGUCCAGGCUGCACAAUCUCCGGCACUUGACUUUGAACUUAACAAUCGGACACGCCGACAUGGAAUGUCUGCGCGAGUUCGUGGAAUCGUUGCGCGACAUGAAGCGUAUCAGGACUUUGGCCGUUAAUCGAGUAGUCGAGACAUCGAUGGACGUCGGGCUCAACGCGGUACUUCAGACGUUCGCGAUACCAGAAUGCGCAUUCGAAUCACUAACGUCGUUGGACUGUUCGUUGGACAGCAGCCUGUGCGUGCUGCGUACCGGGAAACGGUUGUCCAGCUUACGCAUCCGGAACGGCGACAUUCUGUCGGCCGGUGAUUUGCAACUGUUGUUCGAAAACCUCAUCGGUUUGAGACAUCUGUGGAUCGACAACUGUCUUUGUCUCGACGACGACAUUAUGUCCGGCUUGCCGGUUUCUAAUCUCAAAGGUAUUUCUAUAAAGUAUUUUACUGCAGGUAACAUCAGAGCAAUGUCGGAUUGAGCAUUUGUGCAUAUACCUAUUAUUAUAGGCACUAUAUUAUAUUAUGUACCGCACUGUCACAUCCC